ACACUCUAUUCCACCACCACAAUCUCAAUUCUUCAUCUAAUUUCAUCUCAACAUUCCAAUCUCAAACCCUAUUUUCCCCAAUGGCGCCAAAAGGAGAGAAGAAGCCAGCCGAGAAGAAACCCGUAGAGGAGAAGAAAUCCACGGUAGCCGAGAAGGUUCCGGCUGAGAAGAAGCCAAAGGCCGGCAAGAAGCUGCCUAAAGACGGUGGUGCCACCGCCGGAGACAAGAAGAAGAAGAGAAACAAGAAGAGCGUGGAGACAUACAAGAUCUACAUCUUCAAAGUUCUGAAGCAAGUUCACCCUGACAUUGGUAUCUCAAGCAAGGCCAUGGGAAUCAUGAACAGUUUCAUCAAUGAUAUUUUCGAGAAGCUUGCUGCGGAGUCGUCUAGACUUGCGAGGUACAACAAGAAGCCGACGAUAACUUCGAGGGAAAUUCAGACCGCGGUCAGGCUCGUUCUGCCCGGUGAAUUGGCUAAGCAUGCUGUUUCUGAGGGUACCAAAGCUGUAACUAAGUUCACUAGUUCUUAGAUUUGAAACUGUUUUUAGGGGUUUUUGUAUGCUUAAGUAGAUCUAAUGGGUCUGAAUAUUUUCUUUGAAACUGUGGAUUUUAUUUUAUGACUCAUAAAGUAAUAUGAUUCAGUGAAUUGACUCAAA